UUCAGGAACACGUUCAGGAAGAGACAGAGAACCCGACUGUUUUGUAAAGGGGACACAAUGUUUAUUCUCUGUGGUAUUGAUCAGCAGAUAUUGCUGUGUAUGGAGGAACUUGCUGGCGGAUGAUGUAAGAAGUGAAAUGUAGUAGUGACGGGAAUUUCAAUUGUGAAGUUCAAACUUGGAUGUUUGACGUUCAUUCAUGUUGAGACAUUUCAGUGAGCGCAGCCAUCAUUUUCCACCAGGGAUAUUUUAAUGUUUAUUGGUGUUGAUAUGAGUUAUAAGGUAUUAGAAAUGGACAAGAGUUGAGGAUUUUUAUCCUGUUAAUGCUGUUGACGUUUCUACUGGGAAAAGUAACAAAUGGUAGUGAACAUGCUUCCAGCCUUGACCUGAAAUAAACACCUGUUGUCAAGAUAAUAAAUAUCUGGCUAUGAGGUCAUGCACAUUAGACACUGAUCAUAGGCAGUUUGUUGUGGAACAUCAACACAAGGACUUGUAUUCAACAGCUAUUCAACAAACUCUGAUGAAGGGAAUUCGAGGUAUAGCACAGCCAUGACACACCGACCAUUUCAUUUGAGGGAGGAAAAAAUAUUCUAAUUUACUUUCUGCAUAAAAGUUACUGUGUACAGUUGGAUAAAAACCUGGAGAGUGGAUAUUUGAUGAGUUUAUUGAGACGUUUGUGAAAAAAGAAGACUUUAGAGCAAUCAUAAGUUCAUGGAAACAUUAAUCUAGACUCACGUCUUGGUGAAGACAUUGUGUGUGUGUGUACAGGUUGUGGUGUUAUGGUGCUUAUUGCUCCCGUACAUGCACAAUACCCAUGACUGACAGGGAAUAACACGCUAGAGUCGCGGUUUGAAUGAAGAAGUGCUUUACAUUGUAACACUUGGAGGAAAUUGUUCUGUGCAUGAGCAAUCAGGAAGGGAAAAGUUACACUACAGCGUGUACAUGUAUUUCUCACUUCAAUGUCUUGUCAGUGAAACUUGAUCUUGUGAUAGAGUCUGUGUUGAAUGAAGAUUGUGUAGGCCAUGCUGUAAGGAUAACUAUUACUGAUCAAUAGUAUUCCUUUUUCUGACCACAUAUCGCCAACCCUGAGAACACAAGUUGGUGCAUUGUGUGAAUACAACUUCUGACAGUGAAGUGAUUUCGCAAUAAAAGGGACAGCAAGUAAAAGUACAUGCAACAGUGAACCUGUUAUGAAAUUCAUGUUGGACAUUGUUAACCCAGCCAGGUGAUCAGUGCAUUAGGCAGUGAGAUAGGGGUACGCCCCCCAACAACCGCAGUACGGAGAUAGUGAUAUCUUCCGCGCUGUAUCAACACAGGAGUGGGACACAGUUAGCGGGAAGGAUAUCGUAGCGAGAGAGAGAGCCUCAGUCAGCUGACUGGAGAGAUUAUUGAGAGACGGUUCCUCCCCUGCUCUCUCACAGGUGGAGUGCCAUCCCGGAUUAUCUGCCAUCAACAUCGGAACUGUCAAGGUUUUACUUUCAAGUCCAUGCAGAGAAUUGCUGUUGCUUCAACAUGUUGUAAUACAGCUGAAUUUGUUUCCGGUGUGAGGAAAUUUCUAGAAGCAAAUUGAUUGUUUGGGAAAUGAUUGUAUUUGUGGGAUAGCCUGAGCUAUUUCAAAGUGAUUUGCCUAGCUCCAACUGAGGGUGGCUAUUUUUGGAUUACAAAACAUAACGUGGAGAUAGGCAUGCCAAGAUGAAACUUCUCGGAGUAGAAGCAGUAAACGAGGAAACCGCCUUCAUACCCAAGACCGGCACUGACCAGGCAGCCACAGAAACUCCUACUAUUAUAGUAAGUUCUGCUGAUCAACAACCCAACGGGAAUGAAAUUGAAAAGGCGGCCCCUACCGAUGAGGAAGAAAAAGGAGACAAUGCCCACCUAUCGAAGGACCAAAUACCCCUGGCGGAUGCCGAGGACCCGGAAUCUCCGUUUGCCAAUCAUAUGGCACUGUAUGAGGAUGACUUGCAACAUCAGGGUAAAAUCUCACAAAUCAUCAACCGCAUUGCCAACUACCAGGCAGGUAUUACCCCCAACCCUAACGACGUGGAGAAGGGAAAGGGACAACAGACAAAAAAAGCCAACCUAGGAACUGUACUCGGGGUGUAUCUACCAUGUAUUCAAAACAUCUUCGGCAUCCUGUUGUUUGUGCGGAUGACCUGGAUUGUGGGAAUGGCGGGCGCCAUGGAGUCCUUCUUCGUCGUCCUCAUCAGUUGUCUGACGACACUGUUGACCUCCAUUUCAAUGAGUGCUAUUGCCACAAAUGGCGUCGUCCCUGCCGGGGGAUCUUACUUCAUGAUUUCCCGUGCCCUUGGACCAGAGUUCGGUGGCGCUGUGGGAGUGCUCUUCUACCUGGGAACUGCUGUAGCUUCUUCCAUGUACAUCAUUGGUGCUGUGGAGAUAUUAGUGACUUAUAUGGCCCCACAGAUGGACAUUUUCGGGAAUGUAUUCCACAGUUACAGAUUAUAUGGAACAGCAGUCAUGCUGCUCUUAGCAUUUGUAGUGUUCAUUGGCGUCAAGUUCGUCAGCAAGUUUGCUGCCCUGUCACUGGCGUGUGUCAUCAUAUCUAUUGUCUCCAUCUACGUCGGCAUCUUCGCCUCCAACCCUGACAGCAGCGUGGAGAUUUGUGUUCUCGGAGAUCGACUGCUGACGAGUGAGUCCGUCAUGAUGAACGGAACCUUCUUCUGUGAGAAAAACACUUCCAGCUCCAUCUACCAACACUACUGCGGAGUCAACAACAACACCGGCGACGCAUGCGAGUACUACAACAAAAACGAAGUUCUUAAGCUCAAGGGUAUUCCAGGCCUUGCAAGUGGGAAAUUUAUUGAGAACGUUUACAACCGCUACACAGAGGCAGAAAACAUCAUCGGCACAGACGAGAAGGGGGAUGAGGCUCGGGGUGAGAUCUUGGCUGAGAUAACAACAUCAUUCAUGAUCCUCCUGGCUAUCUACUUCCCCUCAGUUACAGGCAUCAUGGCCGGUUCCAACAGGUCGGGCGACCUUGCAGAUGCACAGAAAUCUAUUCCAGCAGGAACCAUAGCUGCUAUUUUAACCACUUCCGUCGUGUAUAUCAGCUCGGUGCUGUUCUUUGCGGCUUGUAUUGAAGGUCAUCUACUUAGAGACAAGUAUGGAGUCAGUAUAGGUGGGAGUCUGCUGAUCGGGACACUGGCCUGGCCGAAUGAGUGGGUCAUCAUGAUAGGUGCCUUCCUGUCCACACUCGGGGCGGGGCUGCAGACUCUCACAGGUGCUCCCCGCUUGCUUCAAGCCAUUGCCACCGACAACGUUAUCCCAUUCCUGUCCAUAUUUAGUAAAACCACAAAACGUGGAGAGCCAGUGCGAGCCCUCCUGCUCACCAUGCUGAUCUCUGAGUUCGGUAUCCUCAUUGCCAGCCUGGACUAUGUGGCUCCCAUUAUUACUAUGUUCUUCCUCAUGUGUUAUGGCUUUGUGAACAUGGCUUGUGCAAUGUUGACACUGUUACGGACACCAAACUGGCGACCUCGGUUCCGCUUUUACCAUUGGACACUGUCGUUGGUGGGGCUCACGCUAUGCAUUACACUGAUGUUCAUAUCCAGUUGGUACUACGCCUUGACGGCCAUCGCCCUUGCCUGCUGUAUAUACAAGUACAUCGAAUACAAGGGUGCUGAGAAAGAGUGGGGUGAUGGUAUUCGAGGUUUAGCAAUGUCUGCCGCUCGCUACUCACUGCUGCGACUUCAGGAAGGACCUCCUCACACCAAGAACUGGAGGCCCCAGCUGCUUGUGUUGCUGAAACUGGAUGACAACCUACAACCUAAAUACCCAAAGCUUGUCAAAUUUGCCAGUCAGCUGAAGGCAGGCAAAGGUCUGACUUUAGUCAACACAGUGAUUGAAGGAACAUUCACAGAAAAGUUUGCUGAUGCUCAAGCUGCAAAGCUUACCCUGGACAAGCUGAUAAAGGAUUACGGUGUGAAGGGAUUCUCCGAUGUAUUGAUAGCCAGGUCCGUCACGGAGGGACUGUGUCAUUUAGUACAGAACGCUGGUCUAGGAGGGUUGAAACACAACACGGUUGUGGUGGGAUGGCCAUAUGGUUGGAGACACGACUCUGAUGAAAGGAGUUACAAAGUCUUCCUGGACACUGUGCGUAAUGUGGGAGCUGGGCAGUUGGCCCUGUUGGUGUGUAAAGGUGUCACUAUGUUCCCUGACAACGAGAAACUGCGUGGUACAAUUGACGUCUGGUGGAUUGUUCAUGACGGUGGACUGCUGAUGUUGCUGCCCUUCCUGCUGAGGAUGGAUCGAUCAUGGAAGAACUGCAAACUGAGGAUCUUUACUGUUGCUCAAAUGGAAGACAACUCGAUCGAGAUGAUGAAGGACUUGAAGACGUACCUUUACCAGCUGCGUAUUGAGGCUGAGGUCAAUGUUGUGGAGAUGAGCACCAUUGACAUCUCAGCAUACACAUAUGAGCGUACACUGAUGAUGGAACAAAGGACCCAGAUGUUGCGGGACAUGAGACUGCAUAAAAUGGAGCCCCAAGCCAUUGUGGAUCGAUCGCAUCUGACACCAUCAGACGUGAUGUUACGUCUUGACCCUGUCCCUGAGGAGAUAGAUGACGAGAGCUCGACUGAUCCCACUGAUCACAGUAAACACAACCAGUUCACCUUUACCCCUCAGCAAGGGGGGCAACUCCUCAAUCUCAAGCCAUCCCCUCAGUCACUUCCUAAGCCAGACACAAGAAACGUAAGAAGAAUGCACACAGCUGUGAGACUCAAUGAACACAUCGUAGAGAAAUCCCAUGAUGCUCAACUGGUGAUUCUUAACUUACCUGCACCCCCGAAGACAAGUGCUGGUGAAGAAAACUACAUGGAGUUCCUGGAAGUAUUGACAGAGGGGCUUGACCGAGUACUGAUGGUCAGAGGGAGUGGCCGUGAGGUCAUCACCAUCUACUCUUGAUGACCUUUCACCCAGGUCAAGGUCAGCACAGAAGUCACAUAUCAGGGAGGCAAACAGAUGCGUGAUGAGGAGGUGACUUGUAAUCAAACCAAGGAUGUGAUAUCAGUUAUGGAGAAGCAGGAGUACAGUUUAUUUUGAUAACAUCGGUAUACACUUUGAAGCUGUUGUGGUGGCUGGAAGGAAAAUUAUUUUAGUAAACUAUUUAGGGCAGGGGAAGAUAUUUUGUGGCAAUUCCAAUAACUUAUAUGAGCCAUUAAUGUAAAUAUCAAUGUAUAAUCUAUAUCAUAAGUCAAAUUUCCUUUACAAACAUCAUUUUAAACACAGUAUUUGAAAUCUUAAUAAUUUCUUUACUCUUUGACAAUAAUAGUUUCCGCAAAUGUCAUUCCAUGGCUUUUCAGAGAGCUCCAAAUCCUUCACACCUUUAUGUCAUGACAUUACUUCUGUUAACAUGGUGACCAUGACUUGAAUUACUGCUUUGUGACCUGUUUAACUUAAUUUUCUAUCAAUGUUACAUGAAACAAUUUAGAUAUACCUCAGUUACUGUGUUGCUAAGCAACCAGUCAAGGUCACAUUUUAUCUGACUGUCAGUCACCUGCAUAUUAUGUUGCAAUGUACAUAGAGCGCAUCAGUGAGCGCCUGAACUUUGUGAUUUAAAUUAUGAAGACAUUUUAUGUAUAUCCAGUAUUUAAUGUCAGAUGGUGUUCAUAUCAAAUGGCGUUUUGUUCGUCUGAACAGUGUAGGGUAGUCUCUGGGUAAUGGUUAAGCUGACUGUAGGCACUUACAAUGCCUUUGGAAGCAUGUUUCACCAAUCAUAGGUACUGAAUGCUGAAUUUCAAACAGGUGACCUCACACCUUAAGUGUUUACAAAAGGAAUAUAAAACAUCAAAACAUGACAUGUGCCAAUAUUUGCCUCUUCUUCAUGUUCAAAUAGUGUGAUAUAUUACAAGUAAUAAUUUCAUGUUAAACAGUGCCAACAAGCCGGCCCUUGAAGAAUUUGGCCCUCACAUAUUUAAGGUGGUCAAAACCUGGCAAUUCUCGGGCACGGCAAAUCUGUGUACCCAGAAAACAUUAACAUGAAUAACUUUCCAUUUCCAACAAGAACUCAGUUGCCUUUCUAUUGGCCUUUUUAUACCUCGUCUUUAUCAAAACUGAACUUAAUUUUUUUUCUCAAAAAGUGACAAGUUUGAGACACAUACCCCAGUAUGUGUCACAUUGCGAGCAUUGUGAUGUUAAUGGAUUUCAAUAAUUUGGAAACACGACCAUAUUAAUGAAAUGGCUCAAUGAUUUCUAUUUGUGUUUUAUUUCUAACUGUUUCUUGUUAUUUGUUCUGUGCUGAAAACACAUGUUUUAUCUUCAUCUGUCUUUUACCUUAUAAAACAUCUUUCCCAUGAAUCAAAUAUGGACUUUUUGUGCCUAGAUGUUGUGGCUCUGAACUUCAAUAGACAUCUGUCUCAGUGAAAACCAAAUACUGUCUGCUUUUGUCAUACUGCUUUUAUACCAUGUUUGACCUACUUGUAUUUUCAUAGCCUUUCUCUACAAAACUUGAGAAUAAAGAUUCAAUAGUUUUCUGGUUGUAGAGGAAGCUAUCAUGAAAGAUACCACCUGUUUACAAAAGAAACUCAAAAUAUUCUUUUACUUUUGCACAAAGUAAAUAGUUAAAUAGUAUUAACAAUGUUUUAGUUUGAAAACAUUUAUAAACACUAUGUGUAGUUGCAAAAAUGUAAAGGGUUGCUGUAAACAACAGUGAGUUGUGCGAUCUACCGAUCGCUUCACACACGAUUUUGCCAAAAUUAAUGUAAACAUAACCAAAUGAAAUUUUGAAUAAAACAAUAAAAUAUAUUACAAUGAACACCUUCUUUAGAACCAGAUACAGUGGUCCCUCGCUACAACGCUACCAAUGGGGUCCAAAUAAUUGGUGGGCAUUAUUUACGAUGAGCCGUUUAACCGAGGCCGAGGCGGGGGAACGCGCUCGGCCAAGCUCACGAUCUUCGCCUUGUCUCGCACAUUGCAAUGAUACAAGUUGUUUACCGUUCAUAGUGUAAAAAUAUAUAUCCAUUAUGUUUUCGCUGUUUGUUAUUAUUUACAAGCCUUAACUGUCACAUUCAAUGUGAAUGUAGUCUACUAACAUGAAUAUAUCGAUCGAUAAUGGUAGUAACAGAUGCUAUGAGUGAAGAGCCAAUCACAAUUCAUUACACAAGUACAGAGUGAUUCAGUGGCAUUGAUUGGUCAUAUUGCUUAAAAUACCAUAUCACACACGAUUUUGCCAAAAUUAAUGUAAACAUUACCGAAUGAAAUUUUGAAUAAAACAAUGAAAUAUAUUACAAUGAACACCUUCUUUAGAACCAGAUAUGUAGUAUAAUAAUGGGAUUAAAUUGAGUACUUCAGUUUAGAUUUGUUGACUGGUAUUUCGGGUGUUUUGUGAUCGCGGUGAUCAGCUGAUAAAAUUUUUUUAGAUGGGGAAAACAUUGUGUCAAAACUUGAGUUUAUUAAAAUGUAAGUAAAUUUUCAGAGUCAUGCUUUACCGCCAAUAUCGAGUUAUCACUAUAUUGAAGAGCGCAAUAUCGAGGGAGCACUGUAGUUACAAAAAUUAUCUGUACACGGAAUAUUAAAAGUUUAAUCUUGACGUACAAAAUAAGAAUAUUAUUUUUGUAUUUCUUUAAAACUUUUUAUAAUCCAGUAAGAAGAAACUAAGUUAGUUUAUCCAAGUGCCAAAGGAACUAUAUUCCUUAUGGCUAUUCUGCUGACUGUAACAUAUCACUAUGGCAACCACUAUUUAUGCUAUUAUUCAAACAACUUGUUCCAUAACAGGAUGAAGUAUGUUGGACACUGUAGUCGUGUGUUUUGAUGAUUGGUGAUAUUUGAUGCUGAACUUAAUUUGAUGAUGAUAUGUACAACGAUGAAGGCCAUAAUGAAAUGCAUGUUCCUGUAUAUUUCAUAUCAUGUACUGCUGGAAAUAUAUAUCUGAUAGACAUGUACAACAUAUUUUGUAAGACCACAUGAUUUCAUGAGAACUGUAAAACAUAAUCACUCUUCUGACAAUGCAUCUUGUUUCCAGUGUUGUAGAGCUGCAUUAUAUACAGUGAAACGCUGUUGAUCUAGGCGGUACUGUUUGGUAGUAUGGGCUACAAAUCUAUGAUCAUGGAGCGAUGUCACACUGUAUUAAUGUUACUUAUGGUGUAAAAUAUUGCACCUGUAGUUAUGAUCAUGUAUUGACCUUUCCCAAAUUUGACAAAGAAGCUAAAAAUAUGACACUAAACCACCUAUAAAGGGCAAACAUUUUGCUAGAAUGUAUUUCUUUUUAGUGAUUCACAUAGAUCAACAUGUCAGUCAUACUGAGUUUAACAAUGACUACAAUUGCAACAUAUAUUUACCUGAUUUUGAAUAACAAACAUUUAGAACCUAUUUAUCACCUGUAGAAGGUUAUCGUUGCAUAUCUUUUAUGUUCAUGAUCAGUGUUUUAUCAUUGUUUGUUACUACACAUGGUACAGUUUUAAUUUGGACCAUUAUUUUUUUUCUAGUCACAGGGUCUCAAAGGAUUUAUCUUGUUAAAUUAUUUUGUUACAUUGUGUUUUAUGACUUAAAAUGACAUUCUUUUGUUAAUCUCUCCCUCAUGAUUAGUCAUUCUGUUAAAUGGUACCUGAUUGUGCAUGUGUCUGGUACAAGGUAUGUAAGAUUAUGACAGUAGGAUUAAGUAUAAGUAAUCUUGACAUGUUUGUCCUCAUUUCAGUUAUUGUCCUUAAGUUUGAAUAUUUAUAUCGUUUCUAUCAAACUGUGUUAACAGGAUUACAAGAUCAAAAUAAAUGAAAACAAACUGUGUGAACAGGAUUACAAGUUCAAAAUAAAUGAAAACAACAUGGUUGACUGAUGGAUUUCAACAUCUUUGUUCGGUCAGUGCCACAUUUUGGUACCAGGCUAGGUCCUCAUCAAGCUGUGAUGAAGCUUGCGUAAUAAGGUCCUGGAACCCGUACUGAAAUGUCCCAUUGAAAGAAAAAAGAGGUAGAAGUCCAUGUCAACCCAAACCCAGAAGUAAUCAGUCAUAAACACAUACUUAUGAUAUGGUCAAAAUCGUACAAUGGAGAUUUCUUAUGAUUAUUGAAAGGGUUUUGUCAAUGAAACGUCUGCUUCUAAAAUGCUACUUAAAAAUGAAGUUCAAUAUAAAUAAUGUUCACAAACUUUGAAAAAUAUCUUAUUUUCUUUCUUAUUUUCAGUAGUUUCUUUCUUGCGAAACAAAUGGUUUCAUUGCAAAUUGAUUAUUAUACAAACUUCAUCUAUUUAUGUUUGUUUCAUUUAAUGUUUCAAAACAAAUACUUGGAAUUAACACUUUACAAAGUGUGUGUUUGUGUGAGGUUGUCUCCCCUUCAUAAAGUUCAGCCACGUUACAAAUAGUCCAGGAUCUGUAGGUGAUGAUUAUUGCUUUUUCUGGUAUGUAGCAGGAUGCUGCCCACUAGAGGGCGUGCAUAACAACCAGGAAUGUUACGAUGAUGUCUUCGACUGAAAAUGUCCUGAAUACUGUAUAGGAACUAAUCAGUACGAACAAGGGAACUUGUGGAGAUUAUAACUCAAAUUAUAGUGAUAAUAUAAAAGUACCAUUUUGAAAUGUAACAUUUAUAUGAAAAGAAAAAAAGCUAAUAACAACUAUAAGAUUAGGCCAUAACAAAUUAAUUAUUUGUUCAUCAGAUUCUUGGGUCAAGAGUAACGUCAAACCCUCGUGAAAAAAAUGGCAGAAUGAAAAUUCCUCUCGGCUCGUAUGUGUCAUGUUGUGUAGUCCCACUCUGUAAUAAGGCAAUACAUGCUAAAGAUUUCAGGAAGUACCUGUUGUUUUUCUUGCCAAAACUUUAGUAAGAAGGCAUUUUGCCCAAUAUUUUUAGCUGAUAAAAUGGUGACAUGUGCCUUAUGAUAUAUCAACACACACAAAAGUUAGGGGGAGAAAAAUGCCAGAGAUUUUGACAAACAGAUAAUGAGUUUGUUAUGGCCCAGGUUUGGUACUGCUGAGCUUCAACAUGUACUAUCCUAUUGGUGCUUCAUUGUAGAUGGGAUUUGCUGCCCUAUCAGUCGUAGGUUGGUAGUUGCUGGGCAUCUGACUUGGGUAACAAGCUAGAAACUCUUGUUUCAAUACUUUUGUAGAUGUAUACAGAUAUAUACAACGAAACUGUAGAUUUGCUAUGUAACACGCUGACGAUAUAUUAAUAUUGACCCAUUAACUUUCUAUGUGCAUGAUUUCUCCAAGUAUGGCUCAUUCCGAAAUAUUUACAGUCUGUAGUCUGUGUUGAAUUAACUCUUCAAGGGUGUCUGUCAUGUGUCCCAUAAUCUUUCACAGUUUGAAUGGCAGUGUACUCUUGUGAUCACAACAGGUUAAUUACUCAGUAAAUAAAUUAUUCAAUGUCCUCGACUCCGUAUGGUAAAUGAUUUACACUGAUGGAUGAAACUUAUAUUAUUAUCAAGAAACCCAUUGUUAAAGCUCUCCAUGUAAUUAUUUUUAUUAUAUACCUAUCUGAGUAGAUUUACAUCUCAAGAUAGAUUAUUAGUCAGUUAAGCUCUUUAUUGGCUUAAAAGCUUGUGAAAACACCUGUCUAGGUAUUAAGAAAUAAUUCAAAAGAAAGGUUUGAGAGAAUGUGUGGUUUCCUUACAUUGUGAAGUAAAUUAUGCACAUAAUAUUAUACUAACUUUUCUUUGAAGGAGUUUUGUCAGUGUGUAUGCUUUCAGAAUGUAGUAUGCAGUUGCAUUGUGAGAGACUUUAUACAGUUGUGUUUACUUUUAGCGAAUGAUAUUAACGUAUUAUCCUACCACGUAGAAUGAUAAUAUUGAAAAAUAGUGUGUGAAACCAAUUUAUAUAAUAUAUGUUUCCAUGCAUUUUCAUGGUCACUUGUAUCAUACAUUUACUACAGUGACAUUAUAGAACAAUAUAUUCCUAUUCAAUAUGGUAUAAUUAUCUUGUAUCACAUUAGAUCUGUCGAUGAGAGGGAAAUCGUGAUUGUUAGUGUGUUUCACAUUGAUAAAGUUAGUGAUUAUAUGCAAAACCUGUUUUUAUGAAAGAAGUAUUUUACUUUGAUGACCUUCACUUUCAGGUACUUGUAUGAUUAAUCGUAUCUGUAAUAUCUUCUGUUGUUAGCUCAGGCUUACUUAUAUGUUCAUAUGCAUAGGGGUCUAUGGUUGUUUGAUAGAUGUGUAGAAAUUUUAUGAAAUGAAUUUUGCGUUUGGAGAAAGAUUUCCGACCUAUGAUGCAUACAUGCAGAUGUAGUUGUGAUGCAUACAUGCAGAUGUCGUCGUGAUGCAUACAUGCAGAUGUAGUCGUGAUGCAUACAUGCAGAUGUCGUCGUGAUACAUACAUGUAUGCAGAUGUAGUCGUGAUGCAAGCGUUGUGUAGCUGAUGUGUUGUAACAGUGUAUUGCAUGAAACCAACAACCUUAUCCAUGUUUAUUCACACAAAUUACAUGUGACAUUUAGCCUAGCAGUAGGACAUGCUAUGUGGUUGGCCAUACAUGUGAUAAACAGGCCACUCUUGUUCUCACUCCCUGAUCAGUAGCAAGUUGGCAUCAUUACCUAUAAAAGAUUUUCUGAAAUAACAAUAACCACAAAGCAUUCCCACUAUCUAAGAUGACUAGGUCAGACUGUUGUUUAAACUUUCUGAUGUUUCAGUUUUCUAUUGGCUUAAACAAGAGUGAGUGAGUGAGUUGGGUUUUAUGCUGCUUUUAGCAAUAUUCAUGCAAAAGCACAGCUGAGGACACCAGAAAUAGUCUUCACACGUAUCCGUGUGGGGAAUCAAACCCGUGUCUUUAGCGUGACAAGCAAACACUGUAACCACUGGGUUAAUCCACCGCCCCAGAUUAAAUUACAAAGUAAAUGGAGUCAGAAUCAGGGAAUGAGAAACAAGAGGGAAUCUUUAUCUCCCUUAGGUCGAUAACCUUCUACGUUUACAGGUUCCAUACGGUAAAUAAAAUAAUUUUAUCUUUUUAAUAUUUUCUUUUUAAAAAGGAACAAUUUGUAAACAUUCAAAAUAUUUUUAAUAAGGUAUGCUUUAUGCAUAUUAUUUUGGUUGUAUUCCUCAAAACAUAUCUGUAAACUAUAAAGCAAGACUGGUUGAUCUGUUCUUGGGCUGUAGUUUUCACAUGCUGGUACAUUGUUGACCUGUACUCUGUUGACUGUACAUAUAUAUUCUAUUUUACUUGGGAGUCCAUCAAUCCCUGUCAUUGUCAUUUUGAAGACAGCAUUUUAUAUGUGUGGGGGAAGUACUUUUGAAGCUGAUAUUGUAUAUAGAGAAACUGACAAUAUUGUAAUAUAAGUGAGGACAAUUAAAGGCAUGUCUGUUUAAAUUAUUUGUGAUCACAUACCAAAUAAACAUCAAAUUGAUAUGUAUUUGUUUAUAUACUCUUUGUGUUCCUGCCUCAGAAAAAUGCUUUUAGAUAUCAAAAACAAGGUCCUGAUAAAUGAGAAUGUUGUACAAUAUGUGCUUGAUAUCGCAUAUGAUAAGUGUGUGUUAUUUAGGUCACAUUCAUGAGAAUGAUAUGCAGAUAAUAGUUUAUGACAUGAAUUCUAAAAGGUUUAUAUGGUAAUUGUAACACUUUCAUUCACAUUUAAUGGAAGCUAUAUAUUGACCCAAUGUUUCAAAUAUUUAUGAUUUUUCUUACUAAACGAAUCAUAUAAGUGAAGUUUUACUUUAUGAAAGUAAAGCGAGUUAAAGUUCUGAUUUUAUUCUGUUUUCUCACCAAUGCACACUUUUUGGACAAACUUAAAAAUUAUAAGGCACUAUGGUACAUUUAUGAGGUACCUCUAACAUGUGAGUUAUACACAUCUUACUGUUGGGAACAGUGCUAAAAUACUGAACUACGAGACCUGCCUGUGUUGUGUGUGAUUGUUUCAGAUGUGCACAAUAUUAAUCUCAGGAUAUUGUUUCUACUUGCUGAAAAAACUUUACAUGUCUCAUUUCUUAUUGGAAGAAAAUGUUUUCAAAGAGAACUAAAUUGUAAUAAUCAGCAGAGUGAGGACUUUAUCAGGACAGACAUUUAAAAACUAUAACUGAAAUAUCAAUCAUGGUCUCUCAUGGUGUGAAGUGUUACAAUGUGUCUCAUUUAUCAUGGCCUUGUCGGUUUGUGUAGAGAGUGGAGAUGCAUAUGUUUCAGUUGAUACAGACCUGCUGCUGUCAACAGCGCUGGGGACAUCCUAGACUAUGGAGCAGUUAUUUUUUCAAACAUAGAUUGCUUCAGAACUAAAGUCACGUCAGAAUUAAA